AACGGCAAGGCCAAGGCAAAACAAACAGCAGCGUUGGCUUGGCGAGAAGAGUAUGUUUGGCAGGCAGAACACUGAAGGGCAUUAUAGUAAUUUGACAGAAGUUCAUUCACCCAGGCUUUCGUCUUCUUUGGCUCCCCGAAUUUCCCUUCAACCGUAGCCACUCUCUCUGAAACCCUAUUCCGAGACGCUAAUUGUUACGCACGCAGUCUCCGAACACUAUAUUAUGCCAUAGUAGAUUGAUCCAAUGGAUAUGUCAGAUGCAGUGAUUAUGAAAUCGACCCGAUUAAAGUCUGUUGUUUGGAAUGACUUUGAUAGGAUAAAAAAAGGUGAUACUUGUGUGGCUGUUUGUAGGCACUGUAAGAAGAAACUCAGUGGAUCAAGUACCAGUGGGACAUCACACUUGAGGAACCACUUAAUUAGGUGUCAAAGUAGAACCUCUCAUGCCUUACCUCAGUUAUAUACACCUAGGGAAAAGAAAAAGGAAGGAACCCUUGCUAUUACCAAUUUCAAUUUAGAUCAAGAGCAGAAAAAGGAUGAGGUUCUUAGUCUUGUCAAUUUUAGAUUAGAGCAAGAUCAUAUGAAAGAGGAUGGUGUUACAUAUGUACAUAAUAGCUUUGAUCAAAGGAGAAGUAGAUUUGACCUUGCUCGCAUGAUCAUAUUGCACGGUUAUUCAUUGGCCAUGGUUGAGCAUGUUGGAUUUAAGGUGUUUGUUAGAAAUCUACAGCCACUGUUUGAGCUUGUCAACUGUGAUAGAGUUGAGGCUGACUGUGUGGAGAUAUACUUGAAAGAAAAGCAAAAAGUGACCGAAGUGUUGGACAAAUUGCCUGGUAAAAUCAGCCUGAGUGCUGAAAAGUGGGCUUCUUUGGACAAUGCCGAGUACUUGUGCUUGACUGCACACUAUAUUGAUGAAUCGUGGCAGUUGCAUAAGAAGAUUUUGAACUUUCUUGCAAUUGAUCCUUCUCAAACAGAAGACAUGCAUUCGGAAGUUGUCAUGACAUGUAUGAUGGAUUGGGAUAUUGACCGUAAGCUUCUCUCUAUGACAUUUGAUAGUAGCUCUACUAAUGAUAAUAUUGCCAUUAGGAUCAGUGGCCGGCUUUCUCAGAACAGAUUCCUGUAUUGUAAUGGUCGUCUAUUUGAUGUGCGUUGUGCAUCUAAUCUUAUAUUUAUGAUGGUUCAGGAUGCAUUAGCUGCAGUAAAUGGGGUGGCUGAAAAGAUUCGGGAAAGCAUUCGAUAUGUUAAAAGUACACAAACAGUCCAAGCAAAGUUCAAUGAGAUAGUUCAGGAAGCUGGAGUUCAAUCUCAGAAGUCUUUGUGCCUUGAUAAUUCAUUCAAAUGGAAUUCAACAUGUAGUAUGCUUGAAGCUGCCUUAGAGCAUAGGGAUGCAUUUUGUCUUUUGCCAGAAAAAGAUGCCACCUACACAAUGUGCCCGACUGAUGUAGAGUGGGACAGAGCAACUGUCAUUUCUAGUUUCUUGAAGUUCUUUGUUGAAAUAACUAAUGCUUUCCUGAGGAACAAAUCAGCAACUGCAAAUCUCUAUUUUCCUGACCUUUGUGACGUGUAUCUGCAGUUGAACGAGUGGUGUAAGAAUCCUGAUGAUUACAUUAGCUCAUUGGCAGCAAGGAUGAGAACCAGAUUUGAAGAAUACUGGGAGAGGUGUAGCUUGGGUUUAGCAGUUGCAGCAAUGUUGGAUCCUCGAUUCAAGAUGAAACUGGUUGAAUAUUACUAUGCACAGAUAUAUGGCAGUGGCGCUCCAAACAGAAUCGAUGAAGUUUUUGAUUCGGUCAAGACACUUUACAGUGAACACUCCAUUUGUUUAGCUUCACUUGAUCAGGAUAUGGCUUGGCAAGAGGGUGGUAGUUCAGGCUGUUUACCUAGUUCCGGAAGGGAUUCCAGAGAUAGGUUGAUGGGUUUUGACAAAUUCCUCCAUGAAACUUCCCAAAGUGAAGGCACAAAAUCUGAUAUGGAUAAGUACUUAGAGGAACCUUUGUUUCCUCGUAAUGCAGAGUUCAGCAUAUUGAAUUGGUGGAAAGUUCACACUCCAAGAUAUCCAAUCCUAUCUAUGAUGGCACGCAAUGUUUUGGGGGUUCCCAUGUCAAAACUUACAUCGGACUAUGCGUUCAGUACCGGGGGAAGGAUGCUUGACCACCAUUGGAGCUCUCUCAACCCAACCACCCUCCAAGCUUUAAUGUGCGCACAGGAUUGGAUACAGAGUGAACUAGAAAAUUGACCUCUUCUUGUUCUUCCUUUAUUAUUAUUUUUUAAUAGCUAUAAUAUUAAUUAGUCAACUCUUUAUUUCCCUUGUUUUAUUGACCAAAAUUUUAACAUGAGGAACAGGCUCGUUCUCACAUGGAUGAAAGUCUAUAAUUCUUAUAUCUUUCAUUUGUCUUUAUAAACGCUACUCCUAAAAAUGUUCAAAUUGGUAUGGAGUUUGUGUAUUAUAUUGCUUUUUGCUAAUAAUGCUUUUCCCUUUCAGAGGGGGGGAAUUAGAAAGAAGGUCAAGUUUUGUUGUUUUGUUCUCUCAAUAAAGUUUUAUACAUUUUAUCA